AUGCAGGUCACUCACAACAAACUGGCUGCAAGUGACAACGCCGGUGGGCAGGAAGACCGAUUGGCGUCACGUGCACCGCCCGCAUACUGGAAUCUUCACCUCCACCCUUCAUCUCCUCAGGCCUUCUUCUCGAAAAUGGACGAUCUUUUGACGGCAGUGAAAUCUGUCAGGCGGGAUCCUGAAUUCUCCCUGACACCCGUUACCACAGUCCAGAGCGAGGAUGUCUCAUCAAAACACAACUUUGACCUCGAUAAUCUAUCAGCACGUCACAUCAUAGAUCUACUGAAGUCCAAUCCUGAUCAUGACCAGGUAUUUGCCGCUUUGACAGUUCUUGAUCCUUUCAGCAAAUCCAAAGCCACAAAGGACUUCGACCUCCGAAUUGCCAGUCCUGUCACAGCUCAGAUUCUCCAAGUGUUAGUCAGCACCACGAUUCCAGAUCAUUGGAGAUUGCUGGAUACCAAAGACAGCAAAGGGAAAGAUGCCAAAGCUCGAGCAGCGCUGUUGAGAUGUCUGAGUAACAUCACAGGACUUGGUGCCUUGGUGGCUCAAGUACGACACCUGAUUAACAUUGCCCGCGCUUCCGCCCAAGAAGCUCAGGGUUCGAGCACCCCACUCGUCAUCAAAGACCUGUUAGCUGUCCUCGCUGCUUUGUUAGAACCAAAGGAGUUUUUGCUGCGUCUCUCGACGGAUAUCUCGGCAGUCUCUGGCAACAAGGUUCGGCAGCAAAUUACGUGGAGAGAGCUUGUCUCGCUUGUCGCCGCCAGCAAAAUUCUAUCCACAGCAGCUGAAGCUCUCACUGUUGUUGAUGAAUCGAGUUCUUUAUCGUCGAUAUCCUGGGUGGGGACCGGAUCUCAGUAUGCGUCAUGGCUUGGCCGCAACAUCUCUCACAUGACGUUGAAGCUCGCUCCCGAUAACGAAAGCGACUGGGCCUCGGUGGCUUUGUUGACCGGGCGAGCUCUGAGCCUCGGGUACACCGAUCAAUUGAUCAAAGAGAUUUAUUCGGGUCUGCUUUUUGAGCAAUGCUCGCCGCAGUCUUUUGGCCUCCUCCUCGACCAUCUCAAACAGGCAGAGCAGCUUUCACUUUUAGAAGCAAUCUUCCGUGAUGUUCAGCGGAAGCACUUUUCCGACGAUCUGUCCGGCUCGAUGGGUCAGUCAGCUACCUCUUUGGAGACCAUCAAGGGAGUGGCAGCUUUGUGCUCCCUUCUUAUUUCUAAUCGACCCGACUUGCAAAGCCAUGUUAUUGAAUGGCUCUCAAAAUCGCAAGGCGGUUCAAUUAGCACGUUAGGCUUACGUCGUGCGCUAUUGGCUUCAUUCAGUAGCCAUGCUGAUACGCUGAAGCAACUAGUCCUGCGCAGCCUGGGAGAAUUUGGCGACAAGUUCUCUAUCAAGCAUAUCCCUAUCGUUGUUCAAAAUGCCAUUGCACAAGUGAUCCUUCUUGCCGUAGGGCACCUUCAUCGAUUAGAUCCAGCACGAGUGGUGGAGAUAGGACGCUCAGGAGCAUAUCUCAACGCAGUCUCCAAUCGACUUGCUGCUUCCUCGAACAGAGCACGGCUUUUGGGCAUGAUUGUUGGAACAGGCAUAUCUGAGCUCAUCGAAGAACCAGGUAAGGUUCUCAAAUUCGACCUUGAGGAAAUGCAGAGCGAGGAAGUCAAGUUGUAUCUGAACUUGUCCAAAACCAAGGAUGAGAGCGGCUCGCUCGAAUCCAUCAAGUCGUUGCAAGAAGCGAUUCCAGCAAAGUCAGAACCAACUCGCCCCAGGCCUGCACCAAAGCCGAAGGCACCGUCUUCCCGUCCUCAAACAAGCAAAAUCGUUGCCAUCGAGGAAAUUGAAGACAGCGAUGAGGCUGAAAAUGGAGACGAGGACGAAGAUGAAGAUCUUAUUCCAUAUGAGAAGCCGGACGAUGAUGCAUAUGAUUCCGACGAUGACCCUACGUUGAUCCAACGUAACAAACCAACAGCUCCUGUGUACAUCCGUGAUUUGAUUACUGGCCUACGAGACACGGAGCAUAUCGAGCGUCAUCACCUCGCCAUAACCACAGCUCCAUCACUAAUCCGGCGCAAGAUAGGAUUCGGGACUGAACUUGAGGAGCACAUCUUGGAACUAGCACUCACUAUGGUGGGUCUCCAAAACGACAAUAACCACCCGCAAUUCCAUGAAUCCCGCCUACAAAGCAUGAUUGCAUUAAUCGUGUCCCAGCCACUCAAAAUGGGCCGCUGGUUCACUGCGAUCUACUUCGAUGGAGACAUCUCCCAAGUCCAGAGAUCGGCUGUUCUUACAGCCUUGGGUCUGAGUGCCCGUGAGAUAGCGGGUAAUGGAGAAGAUGACGCCAAAGCGCUUAACCUACCAAGUACUGGCGAUACCUCAUUUCCAUCCAAGAGGCUGCCGCCUGCCCUGGAAGCCUUGUAUCUGGGCCAAAAUGAUUCUCCCAUCGCAACGCUCACCCGAGAAAUGUCUCGCGCAUCCUUGGAGCCACUCGCAGCCAAUGCGGCAGACGCAAUGACCGGCCCAAACGCUCUCAAAGUGCGCACCUUCUCAUCGCGCAUGGAAGUCGAGAAGAAACGCCAGCAGCGUGAUGCCAAACGCCAAAAUGCCACAGUAAAGGAUCUACACAAAGUGCUUGCUGAAGGAUUCUUCUUCCCAAUGCAAGGCAGAUUCGAAAUGAUGAUGCUGCAAUUCUCAUCCUCCUCCUCCCCUUCCUACAAUCCAUUCUUCAUCCCCCACCUCCUAACCCUCUUCCUUCAAACACUAUCUCUUAUCCUCUCGACGACAGGCCCCCACACCCCCUUCCUCCCAGGUCUAACCCACGAAACCCUCUCCCUCCUCUUAUCCCUCCACACAGCAGCAGCAUCCAACGAGCCCACCGUAACUGCGGCACUCCUUUCUCUCUUCCUCGCCAUAGUCGAUCUGAACAUCGCAUCUGGCUCGAACGGCGAGGAACGUCUGGUUACACAGUAUGCGUCACAGGUGAUUGAGUUGCGCGAGUGGGCUUCUCAGGUCUUUGAUCGGACUCCGGCUUCUUCUGCUAGGGCUGGUCCUACUUCUGCCGUUACCGAUCCGCAGGAGCAGGUGCGUACUCUUUCUGCUGGUGUUAUGGUUCGGCUUGGCGAGGUUAUCGAGCGGUAUCAGGGGCGGCUGAUGGGUGUUCAUUCUGGGUUCAACUACUAG